AUGGGGAAUCACCACUCUUCCUUUUCCACACCGAGCUUAUCGCCCAUAUCGAACAAGGACACUGCUUCGACUUUGACGCGGGCGAAGCAAGCUCGUGAAACCCUUGCGGACAAAACACGAGACGAUGCGGCAGCGAUGGCACUUAGGACAACUACCAAGCGCAAGACGAUCACCAAGCGCAAGACGGUGACCAUGCGCAAGACGGUGACCGAGACCAGCGAUACACACCAAAAGACGCCAGCUACGUCCAAGACCAAGGAUGCAACAGUGCAUACUACACCGUCUACGACACGCCCUUGGGCACUUCCGACAGUGCAUGAAACCAGCGACACAGAUGCUGUGCACUCAAAGCACAAGACACGUAAGAGUGAUUCUGUAUCUCUGGUUUCUCCUGUCCCAGUCACGACGAAAGACCAUGCUUUGCCGUCUACAGCACCCCAUCAAGCGUCCUCAAUAAUGCCCUCAAAGCAUGAGACACACAAGGGCGAAACUACAUCACCUUCUGCUUCCCAUGCCUUCUCUGCGAAGAAUGAACACACUCACACCUCACUCUUUUUACACUCUCCGGACAAGACGCAGGACCACGACACGGAAAUGCAGCGGCAUACAAACAGUGCGACUCGCGAUGCGCCCACGACCAUCCCGUCUCACCACACUGUACACGCCUCUCAUGGGCCGGCGCAUCACGCCAAAGGCGCUAUGCGUCGAUCGCGCGGUUCACACGUCCAUGCCCACGGAAAAGAAUCGCGUUCUACUGCUCUUUCGAAAGACGUUGGCACAUCAACGGACCAGAGCGCCACGGUGAGUUCCUCGACGUCCACCGCGUCAACGGACCAGAGCGCCACGGUGAGUUCCUCGACGUCCACCGCGUCAACGGACCAGAGCGCCACGGUGAGUGUCUCGACGUCCACCGCGUCAACGGACCAGAGCGCCACGGUGAGUGUCUCGACGUCCACCGCGUCAACGGACCAGAGCGCCACGGUGAGUGUCUCGACGUCCACCGCGUCAACGGACCAGAGCGCCACGGUGAGUGUCUCGACGUCCACCGCGUCAACGGACCAGAGCGCCACGGUGAGUGUCUCGACGUCCACCGCGUCAACGGACCAGAGCGCCACGGUGAGUGUCUCUACGUCCACCACGUCAACCACCACGUCAACAUCAACCACAACAACGACCAGCGCCUAUGUCUUUGUCAAGACGGACGCGCUUGUGAUGCCCACACCCAGUGGCCCCCUCUUGCUUCCAAUUUAUGAUGCGAACAAGACAAAGCAAAAGGCUUUGCCGCAAAUGAUCACGCCGACGAGCAAUGACGGCGUCCAGCUGUCCCAGUCAGUGCGUAUUAGUAUUUUAUUUAAGAGCACGGUUCCUUGGUCGUGGGUGGUCCAUCAGCGCGACACGGCCGCGCAGUUGUUCACCUAUAUGCCGCCCAUGCUCGCUGCUGGGAUGCAAUCGAGCACGGAUUUCGUUCACACAAUUCAAUUGCGUUCCCAGAAGAUGACGAGCUCGGAUACGAGUCCCAGGACGCUGCACAUGGCACGGAUUCCCCCGUCAAAUGUCGGUGCACUACAAAAAGCAUUUCACCGCGCCUCGACUGCGAUGCUUGCCAAUACGAGCAGUCAUGUCCAGCGCGAACUUGCUGAGCAGAUUGAUACUUCGUUCGAUUUAUUGACGUACAAGGACCGUGAUCCAAACGGCAAUCCUCCACCGACGCUUUCGCCUUCGGCCACCGCUGCGAUUGCCGCAACGUUUUCAACGGUCGGAUUUCUGAUGCUCGUCGCAGUGCUUGGCUGGUUUGGCUACCGCUGGUACAAGCGCCGCGCGCAAACCGCGCAGGACAAGCGCCGCGAUACGAUUGCCUCGUUUGUCGGCAUUUCUCCGCCCAAUUGCACUGACGAGCCGCAGCAAUUGUCCACGCCGUCGCCGACGUGGACAUAUGGAGAUGGUCGUACUAGCACGAUGAAUUCGCGAGGAUCAGCGACGCCCUACAUGGCGAGCCAUCCUGGACGUAUACAGUUGGAUACGCCGCGAGCCGAGCGUGCGUUGGGCUGGAGUGUGCCGGAUACGUCGGGCGAUACGGUGCCGUAUUUGGGUGCGGGUAUGUCGUUGGGCUCACAGCAAGCCGAUAUCUUUGGUUUUAGCACGCAUCCAGCGCCUAUGCAAGGCGAGGUCGGUGCGCCAGUCCGCCGCUAUUAUCCGGAUGUGCCUCCCAACAUACCCCUGUGGCUCGCCCAGGAACGAAUGGCUGCAACCUUGGCGCAAGGACUGCCAGAUGCAGGAUCGCUUCCUCUUCCGCCCAUUGCGCAGCUGCCCAAGUCGCCCAUGCCAAAAGAGCUAGAGCAGGCGACAUUUUAA